AACCCCCCACCCUGCUUCCUCUCUUCUCUUCAGCACUUCCUUCCUCCUAUCUAGCUUGCCACUGAGAGCACAUUACACACAAAUAACCAACCACAAGCGACCAAUCGAAGUCUCACACCAUGAGCCGCAGAAGAACUAGUGCAAAGAGUCUUCUUGCACUUGUCCUGCUCAUCAUCGUCUCCUUGCUCACUCUGCACGCCCCCAUCGCCUUUGCUCGCCACGUUGUCGUGCUGAACCCAAACGAUGGAGUGAACAACAGAGGAGAUAGUAAGAACCUUUCAAAGGUGCUGGCCUCGGCGUCGACCGAUGAUUCUGCUGCCAACAAGGGAGUAUUCUCAGGGAGGAAGCUUGGUGCGGCGAACAAGGAAGAAGGAAUAACCAAAGCCACCACGGGAGCGACGGCGACGGCGACGGCUUCAGCGGGCUCGCGGCCGCGGACGGUGAAGAUGCGCGCGGCGUGGAAGCACGGCGACGCGGCCGCCGAGAUGUACGACAUGCUCCGGCGGGACUACGCGUGGAAGGCGAGCCGCCGCCGACCGAUCAACAACGGUGCCACGCGGUUUCAGGUGAAGAAGCCCUAGACAUAGCUGAGCUUCUCCCGGGCACUUGGGCCUGGGGCAUCAUGGCUAGUUCGAUCGGUACAUAUACUAGUAGUUAGAGAGCUAGCUUAGCAGCUCCUUCAGGGGUUUAGUUGCUAGUCCUAGGUGAUUAGGAGGGCCGAGAGGGUCAGUGUACUUAGUUGCCCAUACGGAAUAAUGCCAUCCGGCCAGACUUAAUCUAGCCUCCAAGCUGGAACAACCUGUUUAGCCCUGACUGCAAUAGCAUGAAUCAUGUUCAUGUUUGUGCAGAUGGGCAAUUUUGUCAUUGGUGUUCAUGCUUGAGGAUAGAUACCAUGUAGUAUAUACAUCUGCACCAGUAUCAGGUUUUGCAGGUGUUUGUAACAGAUUCAGUGAUUUACAUAUGUGUUUGCACCAAUUU